UAACGUGUAGCACACACAACAAGCCGUGAGUCGCUUUAGUCCAUGUCACCACUGUUGUUGGUCCGGUACGGCCAUUGCUAAAACAGCGUCUUUCUGAAUGUCUACGUCGGAUUCACUGAAUGUACGUACCCGCCAUGGUCAUUUCAAUUGAAGAGGUUUCUUCGUCCCUGGUGCGGGAAUACCUGAGUCGAAAGGGACUGAGGAAGACUAUCGCCUGUAUGGAUGAAGAGCAUCCGCGCACAGAGUCCAGUAUAAACAACAGAUCACAUCUGCGGCAAAUUCUCAACAUGGAGAGCCUGUAUAGAGACAAUAAGGUCCAGAGCUCUCCCCUGAAAACAUUACUGGAGAUCAUUGUGAAGCAUCACAUAGCCGGCCAUAAUCGUGACAACAUCACCAGCAGUGAAAGUGCUGCAGCUCUCGGCUUGGUCGCUUCUCCUGCAGUAACACAGACGGUGAUAAAACACACUAACAAGGAGGAUAGCACCGUUCCCUUUUUUACGAGCGAACACAUUCAACUCAGGUCUGAUGUAGAAGAAACUCGCUCCUCCCAACCUUCAUAUACCUCACUAUUGUCUGAAAAUUACUGUCUGGCCAGUAAUAACCAAACCCCACAAAGGUUGUGUGAUUCAGGAGACCACAAAGGGCAGCCACUUUCAGCUCCUGUCAACAACAAGAGUGUUAUAAGAGGAGAAUCCGAAAAAAAUACUGAGAGCACCCAAAGGAGCAAAAUGAAUCGCAUUAGACGUGGCAUGAUGGCUGGACCAAUAGCAAGUGUACCUCAGGAAUCAAACAAAAAAAGGUUGAGUCGAAGGGGAGAAGCACCCCAGCUGCUGCUCAGAAAACAAGAUGAACUCAGGCCAUCUAGGGACGGACUUUUCUCGACUGACUCACAUUCCAUAAGCUCAGAGAGCGGCCUGACUGAAGCUGGCUCAGCUAAACACUCAGGAUGGAGACGGGAAUUGCUAAGUCCCACCGAGGGAAUGCAGAGUGAAAACAGCUUUGAAAAAGUGGCGCAAGUCUCACUGAAUACAACAAAAGUAAAAAACAGGACCAAUCUGACUGACUUGGAUGUGUCUGUGAUGGUUUUAGACGACAUUGAUGAUGAUGAUGAUGACGAGCUGCAAGGUCUCCCGAGAGUGUCCUUUCAGAGAGCCAUCACAGGGCAGAGCUAUGCUAGCCGCCCGAUGGAUCAACACACUGCCAUGGAAUUGAAAAUACUUCUUCUUGGUUCCAGUCAAAAUUGUUUCAGUGUAGAGUGGAGAAAUCAAGGCUUCACAUUUUCAGAAACACAUGACCUGAGAUAUGGAAUUGUGCAGAAAAAGGGUGGACCUUGUGGAGUGCUGGCAUCCAUCCAAGCCUUUGUUCUAAAGAAAAUGCUCUUUGAGAACACUGAAAGCAGUAAUGCAAGCCUUCAGAGUUUAACACCUUCCAGCAGUGCCAGAAGAAAGUGUCUUGUUUUAGCUUUGGCUGAAAUCCUGUGGAGGGCUGGCAAGGAAAAGCGAGCCACAGUCGCAGUAAGUUCUGGAAGAAGUCAUUUCAGCCCACCAGGACGCUACAAAUCAGAAGGAGUGCUUGAAAAGAUAACAUUAGUCUCUGUGGAUAGUGUCGAGGACCUGAAGUUGCAUUUAGAGCAGCACAUUGAGCAGGUGAGAGACUCAUGUCAUUCUGAUGCACAUUUUACUUUUGACACGUCUGUUCAAACAAGUGCCAACGUUUCAGCUCUAAUCCACUCUGUUUUUCCACAGUUUGAGACGGGAGAGUUAGGAUGCAUUCUACUGACAAUAUCUGCCGUUUUGUCUCGAUCUAUUGACAAAGUAAGAGAGGAUAUGGACGUGCCCACUACCACACUCAUUGGAGCCCAUGGUUACUGCACUCAGGAGCUGGUCAACCUGUUGCUCUGUGGCAGAGCAGUUUCCAAUGUCUUUGACAAUGACAUGGAGUUAGACUCGGGCAACGGAAACAUUACUCUCCUCAAGGGAAUCAAAAGUCGGUGUGAUGUUGGUCUGCUGUCCCUGUUUGAACACUAUAACAUCUGUAAGGUAGGAGCGUACAUGAAGUCUCCCCACUACCCUAUAUGGGUGGUGUGCAGUGAAAGCCACUUCAGUGUGCUGUUUGGCCUGCAGAGGGAGCUGUUGACUAAUCUGGAAAGAUCUUUGGAGUUUGACCUCUACUACUAUGAUGGACUGGCCAAUCAACAGGAAGAGAUCCGGCUCACUGUGUCUGUUGGCAAAUCGACCAUGAGCCACCAGGACCUCAGCACUGAUCUCACUCCUCCACUGGAGCACUGCAUCCAAACAAGGUGGCCGUGUGCAUUUGUCAGCUGGAAUGACACAGAGCCUAUUCUCUGACUGAUCGCAUGGUUUGAUGUUGUUGUAAAUAUGUUAUCAUUUAGAGUUUAG